CCGAUUCCGAUGCUUGAAACCAUGAUCACAGAGCAGCCGCACGGGGAAGAUCCGUAGAGAAUCUCAGGUUGCAAGCCGUUGUGAAAGUUCUUAACAUCCUCCCGCCUUCCUCUGCAUCUAUUGAUUCUCUUCUGCCGCGCUCGCUCUCUCGUAGUCUCAGCUCUAAUGGCAACUCCUCCCAGGAUUCUACUAUGCGGAGAUGUUCUAGGUCGCCUCAAUCAGCUGUUCAAGCGAGUCUCAUCGGUGAACAAAUCAACUGGCCCAUUCGAUGCGCUUAUCUGUGUGGGACAAUUCUUCGCCGACUUCUCUGAUCGGCUUGACGAGCUCUUGGAGUACGUCGAAGGGCGCUCGCAAGUCCCUAUCCCAACUUACUUCAUCGGCGAUUACGGCAUUGGUGCUGCAAAGUUUCUCACUGCUGCUUCAAAGGGUUCGGCGAAUCAAGGUUUCAAGAUGGACGGGUUGAAGAUAUGUGAGAACUUAUACUGGCUCAAAGGGAGUGGGAAGUUCAACCUCCAUGGAUUAUCUGUGGUCUACUUAUCGGGAAAACAAUCGGCAGAUGGUCAACCAUUUGGAACUUAUAGUCAAGAUGACAUUGAUGCGUUACGAGCUUUGGCUGAAGAGCCUGGGGUAGUUGAUCUGUUUCUGACUAAUGAAUGGCCCAGUGGAAUCUUGAACAGGGCUAAUACAUCCGAAGCUCCACCUGGAAUCUCAAAUUCAGCUGGUAGUGAUCGUAUUGUAUCAGAGCUAGCUACUGAGAUCAAGCCUCGAUAUCAUAUUGCAGGUACUAAAGGUGUGUUUUAUGCACGGGAGCCCUACUCUAAUGAUAACGCUGUCCAUGUAACUCGCUUCGUGGGCCUUGCAUCAGUUGGAAAUAAGGAUAAACAGAAAUUUAUUCAUGCAAUUUCUCCUACUCCAGCAUCUAUCAUGUCUGCGGAUGAGAUCCAUGCAAAGCCUCCAAAUACCACCUUGUCUCCGUAUGCAGUUGUAGAGAAGACACUUCAGCCUGAGGACACUGAAAAGCAACCAAGCGGCAGCGUUUCGGAGGCACAAUAUUGGAGGUAUGAUGUUCCUCAGAAGCGGCAGAGACAGGGAACCGAUGGUGAGAAGCUUUGUUUCAAAUUUACAUCUUCAGGGUCUUGCUCACGAGGGGAAAACUGUAACUUUCGGCAUGACAUGGAUGCAAGAGAGCAAUAUUUGAGAAAUGUUUGCUUUGAUUUCCUUAACAAAGGAAAAUGUGAACGUGGUCCUGAUUGCAACUUUAGGCAUAGUUUAGCUGAUGAGGGUGAGAGCGUUUCUCACAAGAGACAUAGGUCUGACAACACGGACAGGUCAAAAGAUUGCUGGUUUUGUUUGUCAAGCCCCAAAGUGGAGUCACAUCUUAUCCUAAGUGUGGGAGACAAUUACUACUGUGCUCUGGCUAAAGGCCCACUAAUUCAAGAUCAUGUACUAAUAAUACCAAUUGAGCACAUGCCCCAUACUCUUUCUCUAGCUCCAGAAACAGAUACGGAGUUAAUAAGGUUCAAAAAGGCUUUGAAGAGGUAUUUCAAGACCCAAGGCAAUGAAGUGGUUUUCUUUGAGUGGAUUUUUAAGCAUGGCACUCAUGCUAAUCUUCAGGCUAUUCCCAUUCCUUUGUCAAAGGCAUCUGCUGUUCAAGAUUGUUUCAUUUCAGCUGCUGAAAAGAUAGGAUUUGAAUUUGGAGUCAUGAAUUCAAACAAUGACGUUUCUGAAGGAAGAGAACUUCUUAGGUUACAUUUUGAUGGAAGAUUGAGCUUCUUCUAUGUGGAACUUCCAGAUGGUACAAUACUAUCACAUUCUAUCAAGGAUAAGGAAAAAUUCCCAGUCCAAUUUGGACGUGAGGUUAUUGCUGGUUUGUUGAAUAUGAUGGAUAGGGGUGAUUGGAGGUACUGUAAGCUUAGCAAAGAAGAUGAAAUGAAGAUGGUAGAAGGUUUCAAGAAGCGGUUUGAGAAAUUUGAUCCUACUUCUUGAUGUUUGUCACAGUUGGUAAAAUUGCUUUUCUUGGUCGCCUCUUUUAUCACUGAGGUUGCUCCACGUGAAUCCUUUGUUUGGUGGCUAGCUUUCGGCCAGGUAAAUUAUGGAAUUUUAGUUAGCACAUGAAAGGGAUUCAUGCCAUGGGGGGUUAGAUUCAUGUAGCCAUCGUGAUGUGAGGUGUCACGAGGCUGGUGAUAAUGAGUGGUCUGUCAUGUAGCAGAAAUGGACCUCCUUGAGCACUUCGUGAGCCAUAGGCCCACAAUGAAACCCCUAUCUUGGCCAUAGGCAGAAAUUGUCUUUGCGAUUCUAAAGUUGGCUGAUGGUACCAGAGGUGGGUGUGUUUGGUUUCAUCUUUCAUUUUACAAUAUGAUCUGCAUAGAAGAGGCACUGCACGUGACUCAAGAGUAGUCUUUUUGGUUGUAUGAACUUAUUAUAUUUAGGAUUUUGCAAAUUGUCUAAUCCAGCGGAUUCUGAUCCGGUUCAACCGGAAUUGGAUCGGCAAUUGUGACUCCUCUACCAUGGUUACAAUGGGACCACUUAUGGCAGGUUCUUCUACUCAAUAACAUGGUAAAUUGUUGUUUAUAAUUGACCUCUCAUACUCAAGUAUGGAUGGGCAUUUUAGUCUUUUAAUCAAGAGAACUUGAACUAGGUAGGUGCAUGUGCAUGUCAUUUAAUUGGGUGAGACACCUACCCUGUCAUUGUUGAA